AUGCUCCUGUCUCCCGUCCCUGGCAGUGCUGACCCCAAAGCUCCCAGCCCCAGCAAGGGGCUGCGCUUCGCGCAGAGAGCCCUCCGGGCCUGGAUUGGGGGUAUCCGAGCGGGCUCCGUCGCGUCCUGCGGGAACCACGUGAAGGCCAGCUGCCGCUGGAUCGCCUUCAAUGCCGAGGCGCCAGAUGUGGUGAUGGACUUUGACUUCUCGCCCUUCGAUCAGUUCCUGCUGGCUACGGGCUCUGCUGACAAGACGGACAAGAAACUGCGGAUCUUUGACCCCCGAGCCAGCCCGGCUGCCUCCCAGAGUGUCCUGGGACACGAGCACAACAAGGACUCCCGGCUGCUCUGGAUGGGCUCAACCGAUUGCCUCAUCUCUGUCGGGUUCAGCCAGAUGCGGGAGCGGGAGGUGAAGCCGCGGGACACGCGGCAGUUCAGCAAGGCGAUGCUNACCGUGGCGCUGGGCGCCGCGCCCGGGGCGGCCAUCCCGCUGUACGACACCGACACAGGGCUGCUGGUGCUGGCGGGGAAGGGAGAAAACCUCCUGUACUGCUUCGAGGUGACACCGGCGCAGCCGGCACUUACCCAGGUGACCCAGUGCCGGACGGAGGGCAGCACGCGGGGCCUGGCCGCUGUGCCGCGCCUGGCCCUGGACGUCAUGGCCUGCGAGGUGCUCCGCGUUCUGCAGCUCACUGACACCACCCUCGUCCCCGUCAGCUACCUGGUGCCACGCAAGGCAGCGACAGCCACGCACCGCUCAACCUUACCAGGUCACACGGAGAAGAUCUACUCCAUCCGCUUCCACCCCGUGGCAUCCGAUCUCCUGGUUUCCUCCUCCUACGACAUGACAGUGCGGAUCUGGGAGCUGAGCGCCGGGCAGGAAGCCUUGUGCCUGUGGGGACACACUGAUCAGAUUUUCAGCCUGGCUUGGAGCCCCGACGGGAAGAAGCUGACGACAGUGAGUAAAGACGGCCGGUUACGGCUCUACGAGCCCCGGCGCAGCNNNCACCCCAUGCAGGAGGGUCCGGGUCCCGAGGGGGCCCGUGGAGCACGCCUGGUUUGGGUUUGCGGUGGCGACUACCUCCUGGUGUCCGGCUUCGAUAGCCGCAGCGAGAGGAGGAUCCUCCUGUACCGGGCGCAGGCUCUGCCCGAGGGCCCCUUGUCUGUCCUCGGCCUUGACGUGGCCCCUUCAACCCUCCUGCCCUUCUACGAUGAGGAUACUGGCGUUGUCUUCCUCACCGGCAAGGGUGACACCAGAGUCUUCCUCUACGAGGUGACGCCCGAGCCCCCCUAUUUCCUCGAGUGCAACAGCUUCACCUCCAACGAACCCCACAAGGUAAAGGGGGGGCCCUCGAGCCGGGCAGCGGCAGAGGCGCGAGGGCGAUCAGAGAGGCCCCAGUCCGCCGCCGCCUCCCGCAUCAUCGGCAUCAGCCUCCAGGAAGCCCAGCAGAUCCUCAACGUCUCAAACCUCAGCCCGGAGGAGAUCCAAAAGAACUACGACCACUUGUUCAAGGUGAACGACAAGUCGGUGGGAGGCUCCUUCUACCUGCAGUCCAAGGUGGGGAGAGCCAAGGAGCGGCUGGAC